AUGGGAGUCCCGGCGUUCUACCGGUGGCUGGCGGACCGCUACCCGCUGACGGUGUCGGACGCGGAGGAGGAGGAGCCUGUGGAGCUCGAGCCCGGCGCCUUCGUCCCCGUUGACCUACGCCGCCCCAACCCCAACGGCCUCGAGUUCGACAACCUCUACCUCGACAUGAAUGGCAUCAUCCACCCCUGCUUCCACCCCGAGGGUCGGCCUGCCCCCACCACCUACGACGAGGUGUUCAAGUCGAUUUUUGAUUACAUCGACCACCUCUUUGGCCUCGUCCGCCCCAGGAAGCUCCUCUACAUGGCCAUUGACGGUGUUGCUCCAAGGGCAAAGAUGAAUCAGCAGAGGUCCAGGCGAUUCCGGGCUGCUAAGGACGCGUCUGAUGCGGCAGCGGAGGAGGAGAGGCUGAGGAAGGAGUUUGAGGCAGAGGGUAGGACUCUAGCCCAGAAGGAGAAGUCAGAAGCAAUAGACUCCAAUGUCAUUACUCCAGGGACACAGUUCAUGUAUGUACUAUCUACGGCACUUCAGUACUACAUACAGUUGAGGCUGAAUCACACGCUUGGAUGGCAGUCUGUCAAGAUAAUAUUGUCUGAUUCCAAUGUCCCUGGAGAGGGAGAGCACAAAAUUAUGUCAUACAUCCGCCUGCAGCGCAAUCUUCCUGGCUUUGAUCCCAAUACGCGCCAUUGCUUAUAUGGCCUGGAUGCUGAUUUGAUUAUGCUUGCUCUAGCAACUCACGAGGUCCACUUCUCAAUUUUAAGAGAGGUGAUCUCCAUGCCAGGGCAACAAGAAAAAUGUUUUCUUUGUGGUCAAGUUGGGCAUUUGGCUGCUGAAUGCAGAGGUCCUAGUCAGCCUGAUAAUUCUGUGGAGCUACCUCCUAUUCAUAAAAAGAAGUACCAGUUUCUUAACAUAUGGGUGUUGCGUGAAUACCUGGCAAAGGAUUUGGAAAUUGUAGACGCUCCCUUCAAGAUAAACUUUGAACGUCUUAUUGAUGAUUUUGUGUUUAUGUGUUUCUUUGUUGGCAAUGACUUUCUUCCUCACAUGCCAACUUUGGAAAUUCGUGAGGGUGCCAUUAAUCUUCUCAUGAGUAUCUACAGGUCGGAGUUCACAUCAAUGGGUGGUUACCUAACUGAUGGGGGUGAGGUUAUAUUGGACCGAGUGGAACAUUUCAUCCAGUCUGUUGCGGUCAAUGAAGAACAAAUUUUCCAGAAACGGGUACGCAUUCAACAGGCACGCGAGAACAAUGAAGAGAAGCAUAGAAUACAGAGAGAGAAUUCUGAGGAGAAUCAAUAUGUGGAUAAGGUGAAGUUAGGAGAGCCAGGAUACAGGGAGCGUUAUUAUGCUGAGAAGUUUAAAGAAGAGGCGGAGUCAAAACCCAUUGAUCAAGUUCGGAGAGAUGUUGUCCAGAAAUACGCGGAAGGUCUUUGUUGGGUUAUGAGAUACUACUAUCAAGGUGUUUGUUCAUGGCAGUGGUUCUAUCCCUAUCAUUAUGCGCCUUUUGCAUCUGAUCUAAAAGGCUUGGCUGAAUUGGAAAUAACCUUUUUCUUGGGUCAACCUUUCAAGCCAUUUGAUCAACUAAUGGGAACGCUACCAGCUGCAAGCUCCAAUGCACUGCCAAAAUACUAUGGGGAUUUGAUGACUGAUCCAGAUUCACCAUUGAAGUCUUUCUAUCCCAAAGAUUUUGAGAUAGACAUGAAUGGGAAACGUUUUGCAUGGCAGGGUGUUGCAAAAUUGCCUUUUAUUGAUGAAAUGCGUCUGCUUGCGGAGACAAGAAAACUUGAAGAUACUUUGACAGAAGAAGAGAAAUUCAGGAACAGGACUAUGUUUGACAUAAUUUAUGUUAGAGAUACUCAUCCAUUGACUACUCAGAUUAUGUUCCUGUAUCAGAACUACUACCACCUAUCAAGAACAGACCCUUAUGUUAUUCCCAUUCAGCCUGCUGUUAGUGGUGGAAUGAAUGGAUUCCUAUGUUUAUCCGAAAGGAACUGGUAUAGCGUCACUGUAACUUCUCCAGUUAGGGGGUUCAAUGGCAUUGCUCAGAACAGAGUUUUGAAUGCUACCUAUCUUAAUCCUCAGUAUCACAAACACAUCCCAGAGCCUCCAGUGGGGGUCAUCAUACCCGCGAAGAUACUGAAACCUAGUGAUUUCAAACCCUUUCCUGUGUUGUGGCAUGAAGAUAAUAGUCGUCGACAAGCAAGAGAAAGGCCUCAGGUUUCUGGAGCCCUUUCUGGUUCUCUCUUAGGAGAAGCUGCACACCGUCUGGUGAAAAAUUCCCUCCAGAUCAAAUCUGGCAAUGCUGCUGGGUUACUUGAUAUGCCAUACAGGGGUGCACCCUAUGGCCCUGGAAACAGACCAAGGCCUGCUGGACCAUUGGGGUAUGAGAGGGGUUUUGUGGAUAAUCCAUACCAUGCACACAUGUCUAGAAGUGUUCCAAACCCUCACCCUCAGUUCUUUUGUGAUUCUCAAGCUAACAAACAGCCAAUGCGGAUACUAGAACGGCCAAACUCCCGAAGUCAUGAUGCUGGUAUCCGUGCAUCAAUGUCAAAAUUGACAAUCCAAGAAGGGCCAAGGCCUGAUCAAAAUAACAGGAUGCAGAAUUCCGGGUACUGGCCCAAUCAACCACAUCCUAAUCACUUUGCCGGACCCCCAGCCCAGCGGCCUAUGCAGAACAUCAGUUUUAUAGCUCAGCGACCUUUCCAAACUGGGGGAUUCCCGCAGCAGACACCUGUAAAUGGGGUUCCACCACCAUUACCUCCCAGUAACUGGAUUGGGAAGCAACCAAGUGGAAGUCACAUGGGUGUACCUGCAAAACACGAUCCAAGGACAGCCCCGGAUAGACAGCCUAAGCAGGAUAACCCAAGAUUGCAACAGGAUAAGAGACAGCAGGCUACUACCAAGGUAUACCGUGUCAAAACUCAAGCUACUAAUGGUAAUGGUUUGUCAGAGUCAGGUAAACAGGAAGAAUCUGCAGCGUAA